AUUAAUCGCAUCUUUGACGUUGCGGAUCGUUUCCGAGGUGAUGUUGAACGACGCCAUACGCUUACCCACGUGCUUGAGGGUUAUGUGAUGGCUUCCAUGUUUUAUGAGGUAUCUACUAGAACUGCAAGCUCAUUCUCGGCUGCUAUGCAACGAUUAGGUGGAGCUGUAGUACAUAUGGAUAGUCAUACAUCGUCAGUGCAGAAGGGGGAAACGCUUGAAGAUUCUGUGACCAUAAUGUCGAACUAUGCCGAUAUUGUUGUACUGAGGCAUAACGAGACUGGAGCAGCUGCCCGAGCUGCCGCAAUCUCUUUCAAGCCUGUAAUCAACGCUGGAGAUGGAUCUGGAGAGCAUCCGACACAGGCCCUUCUUGAUGUAUACACUAUUCGUCAAGAAAUCGGGACGCUAAAUGGAGUCACAAUAGCUAUGGUUGGAGACUUGAAGAACGGCCGAACAGUGCAUUCGUUAGCGAAACUGCUCUGUGUCUAUAAGGACAUCACGCUCCAUUAUGUCAGUCCUGUGCCAGAACUCAGAAUGCCAGAAUCUGUAAUUGACUAUGUUGAGAAGAAAGCUGGAUUCACACAGAAAAUUUUCACUUCGUUGCCUGAAGGCAUACAAAAUGUUGAUGUGAUCUAUGUGACUAGAAUACAGAAAGAACGAUUUGAGAGAGAGGAGGAUUAUAACAGAGUGAAGGGAAGUUACAUAUUGACAGCGAAACUGUUGAAUGCCGCGGCGCGACCGCAAGAGUUUGGUGGCAAUAUCUUAGGUCAGUUUAUGGUCGUAUUGGUUUUAUUUCGAUUUUACUUUCAUACGAAGCUAUUGAGUUUAUAUAUUCUGGGUAUAUAAUA